AUGGAAAUACUGAUCGGUCGACUACGGACGACAAUCUUGGAUGCUCCAGAAAAAUCAGAUAUAUCGCAACAUCAUAAAAUUCAUUUCGAAAAUUUAUGCAAGGAACCCGCUGAUUUGAACUGGAGGUUAUUUCGAUGGUUUACUGAAACAUCCGAAUUAGAAAUUCUGGAAAUUAAUGAUGAAGAUUGGAAUCCUCCGGUACCAGAAUCAAGUUUCUGUAGUAUUGAACCAGUAACAGGCAUUAAUUCCACAACAAUGCAGCGAUCUCUAUGUCCAUGGCAGUGGAAAUUGAAUCACGAUGAAAAUCGAGAGCCAAAGAUUAUUUCUGAAGCACAUUGUUUAUGUCGUCGUAGUCGUGGAAGUUCAGGCUCAUUUUGCAUGCCAAUUAAACGACAAAUAGCUGUAUUGAAACGGACUCGAUGUGAUCCGACAACAGGUUACUACAAAUACACUCGGGCACUUCAAACUGUUACUGUUGGAUGUCAUUCAGUACUUCCAAGAAGCCAGAAAGCUAGUCCUUUGACAAAUUUGUAUAGAAAAACUAGUAUUGUUGAAAUUUAA